AUGAAUAAUAUGUUACAGUUCAAUCAGAUCACUCUCAAAGACGCAAUCUCUCAGUUGAAGGCUGCAACAGAGGUGACGAUGGAAACGGUUGGUGUGCGAUUUUCCAAGCGGGUAAGCACUGGCAUUUACAGAGAAGGGCUUUCAAGACUCGAUGGGACCGUCACGAUUCAGCCGCCAUCUGAAGACAGAGUCAGCAUUUUCAUCUCCCUUGUCGGUGGAAAGCAGGCGUGCCUGAAAGUCUUCAGCACAGGGAAGUUAAGAUGUCUCAAAUCCGAUUUCCAAUCAUCCAGUGAAGCACAAUACUACGCACAGUCUAUCAUUGAUCGAAUGGCCAACACCCGAAAUUCUGGAAUGCCUCCGAUCAAACUGCAAGAUGCUAAAUUUCACGAGAACUACAAAGAUUUCACUUGGAGCACCCGACAGACCACAGAUAUUCGUAAAUUGAGCAAAGCUUUGCAGGCUGCAGGCAUCAAAGCAGAGAAUGAUACCUCAUUUGGAGACAGCGUGAUGGUGGUCAUUUCGCCUCCUGGAACAGAUCGCCAAAUCAAAGGGUGCAGAGGUGAUGCUGAAUCAGCAGCCAGAGCAGUUGCUCUCUCGCUGAACAUGUCGGGUUGCCUGCAAGGAGGAGCAGUAGAUCUGACAUCAAUCAAAUGUGAGGUUUGGCUUACCAAGAGGCACUUUCAAGCCUGCGGUGAAGAGAACGUGAUCAACAUUGAUCGUCUUCAUGAGAUCCUCAAUGAUACUCGUCUUCGACGAACAGAGCAUACCGUGUUGAAUCAAUGGAUGAAGGCCAAAGGCGAAAUUGAUUUCGUGCGUCAAGUACAAAAAGUUGGAACUGUGUGCCCCCGUAUCGAAGUGAAAUUCCUACCGCUUACGAUCGAUGAAUGGGAGGAACAGCGGAGAUGCAAGCCUGAACCAGUCUCGAUCUCGAUUCAUCAAAAGGGGGAGGUGCAAUUGGCUGGGAAUGCUGAAUACAAAGUCUUGCAAGCCUUCUGGUAUAUUUCAGACAAGAUUGCAAAAGGAGGAGCCACGUUACUCUUGCCAAACUUAUCCAAGAGCCGUGAUUCUUCGAAUGCAUCCAACACAGGCCGAGGAUCAAAGAGAAAACUGGAGGUUGCGAUUCCACCGGCCAGUGUAGAUCAGGUAGGCAAGGCACCAGUGUUGACUUCACCCAAGCCCACUCCAAAGGGGAAGAAAAAGUGUACAGAACCUUGUGCAGGACUGGUGACGCCUGCAACUGUUGCGAAGCACCAACGAAUCGAACCUGAAACAAUAUCCUUGGGAACACCGAACGUUUCUGCAGUCAAGAAUGAUCUCUUCAAAACCAAUUACAAGGCUCAUUGCAAUAUGGAUAUGAUACCUCUCAACCUCAAAGAUGAGUUCCCAGAAGUAUCAUCAAAACCUUUCCCUACAAACGCUACUGAAAUUCUUGCACAGUCUGAGAAUGUGUUUCACAAUCGCCAGCUCGUCUAUCUCUAUUUGUUGCAAAACCUCUACAAAGAUUCAGACAUGGAAAAUACUCUGACGAGUGCACAUGCUCCUGUCGACGGAGAAAUCGAAGUCAACCAGGAACCGUUGAGUCCGACAGACAGACCACCCCUUGAUGAAAAGAGCUCUAAUGGCAGAGAAACUCCAAUAUCUCCUACAAAGCUUCCAAGAAGUUUGAAACGAUCAAAAGCUGAUCCAAAUUAUGUCCUUCCAGCUUUGAAGUACGGAUCGAAGACUCCAGAGGUAACGGAGCGCCUGAACUCCAUUGAGCAUAUCAAGGCGUUCAAAGGACUCAAACCGGAAUCUGUUCAAAUUCAUCCCAUCCCAUCCUAA